AUGGAUAGAAACAUUCUUGAUGCUGCUAGUGGUGGAGCACUUGUCGAUAAAACUCCAGUUGCUACUAAAGCCCUGAUUGAGAACAUGUCAUUCAACUCCCAACAAUUCACAACCAGAAAUAAUUAUAUGGUCCAAACAAAAGGUGUGAAUGACAUUCGGGUUUCCUCUUCCAACAAGGCUUUAGAGACCAGAAUUGAAGAGCUUACUUCUUUAGUGAAACAAAUGGCAGUGAGUAAACCUCAAACAACAAAGUUGUGUGAUGAUUCAGUCACUCAGUUGCCUCAAGCAUAUGCAACUAACUUUUUCAACCAAAACAUUAAUCAGAGAGGGUACAACAUUCCUGACUUGUCCCCCAACAAAUAUCAUCCCAAUUGGAGGAACCAUCCAAACCUUCAAUAUGGAAACCAGCAACCCACCCAACAACAAUUAGUCAUACCCCUGCCACAACCACAGACCACUCCCCAAGUCUCCACCUCUGCACCUUUCGGACCUUCAUUGGAGGAUCUUGUCAAACAAAUGGCUGUUAACAAUCUCCAAUUUCAGCAACGAAUAAAUUCUAGUAUUCAGACUUUGCAGACACAGGUAACAGAACCGGCCCUAGAAAAAAAUAAAAAAAUUCUUGAGGUAACACCUGAACCUUCUUCCGUUGUGAUAGAAACUGAACCCUCUGUUGUGGUGGAAACUGAAAAAGAAAAAGAGAAGGAGUAUGUGCCACCAGUUCCCUUCCCACAUAGAAUACUAAAAAAUAAAAGGACUGAUGAUGGAGACAAGGAGAGAGAGAUUAUAGAUGUAUUCAGAAAAGUGGCGGUAAACAUUCCGCUUCUUGAUGUUAUUAAGCAGGCUCUAAAGUAUGCAAAAUUUCUAAAAGACUUACGUACAAGUAAGAGAAGGUUGAAGGGCAAUGAGAGAGUAAAUUUGGGACGAAACAUUUCAGCCCUUAUCCAGCCUAAACAUUCACCUGAAAAAGCUACUAUUUCAACAUUUUGGACAUGUAUGGAGAAACAAAUUCAAGCAGAUCGCCCAUCAUUUUAG